AUGUCUGAGGAAGAAAACACUAUCAACACACACGUUCCCACGGCAGAGGACGAUCUUGCCGAGAUUGACGAAGUUGUGGAAGGUGCUCUCGAAGAGGAGAAUGAUGAUGUCGGAGGAGAGGAAUUACCAAAUUCAAGCAAUGAAAUUUCACUCCAGGAUCAUCUCGUGAUGAAUCAAGAUGCUCUUCUGAAGGCUCUCGACAACUAUUGUGAAUAUAAGAGAAGAAUCAAUGCUUCAGAAAAACAGUUGGAAGGAGAAGAAUUGGAACAAGCACUCACCUUUCUGGAUGAAGCCAUUGAAAUCAUGGGCAAUCAAAUUGUGAGGGAUCGUGAGGAGCAAUUCGGAGAGACCUCUGUGGAGUGUGGAGAAAUCCUCAUUCCUUAUGCAGAGAUGUUGAUUGCACGUGGUCGCUAUCAAGCCGAUAAUUUGGUUUCAAAGCAAGUGACCAGUGCUAUUAAAAAGAGGAAAAUGAGAGAACAAGGAUAUACGGAACACGACCAACAAGAGGAAGAAGACGAAGAAGAAGAAGAUUGUUUUGAAGUAGCUUGGGGAGUGUUAGAGUUAGCUCGUGUUUCCAUGUUACGAUAUUUGGUGAGUGGCAAUGUGACAUCUCCAAGUGAAAUGCAACUCAAUUAUCGAAUGAAACUUGCUCGUGUGCAUUCUCUAUUGGGAGAAUUGAGUGCUGAGACUGACAUGUUUUCACAGGCUGUUCUUGAAUAUAGAAAGGCUUUACAAAUCUAUGAAAAAGUGUUGGAAGAAUCGGAUGACAUUGGAUUUAAUUUAUUUAGACUUGCAGCAAACAUUUUCCACAAGAGAGAUGAUUUUAAAGUCGAUUUGUUACAAAAAAUUGCUGAGACAAAUCUAGAAAUUGUGAACUGUCUCACGACGGACGGUAUUGAAGGAGAAGAGGUUUUAGAAUUGUAUGAAAAAGCAGAGAAGGCUCUCCAACAAUCGGUUGAAUUUCGACAAAAAGCCAUCGAAAACGACAAGUCCAUCGUGUCAGAUUUGAAGGAACGAAUUAUCGAAAUGAGAAAUACGUUGAUUCAUGUUCAAUCAGGAGGAAUACCAUCACCUGAGAGAAUUGAUGCACGCAAGAUUUUCAGCGAGGUCAUUACGAAUCGAAUGGGAACCACUCAACUAGGAUUUGGAAAUAAUAACAGUGCUGAAAGCUCCUCAUCCGCACAACAAGCUGAAACUGAAGUACACAUUCUACAACCAAGAAAGAGAAAAUUGGAUCAGAGCUCAAUCGCGGAGGAUGUGCCAUCUGCUAAUGCCUCCUCCUCUGAGACGAAGAAAACAAAGCAGUAG